AUGCAGACCAAUAAAAUUAUUUUCAAUAUUUUGUCAGCAUUUUUAUUCCAAAUUUUUGUCAUUAACUCAACCUUCAGUGCGUCCAAAAGUCCAAACUCAAAUCGAAUAAAAAGUGUUGAAUGUAAAAGUUUGGAUAACAAGACAGUCGAGUUUGAGUUUUGCUACGCUAAAGCCUUUUCCAGGAAGACAACAGCAUUUAAUGUCAAAUUUAAAUUACAUCGAGUAAUGCAAAAGCCAUUUUACAUUCAAUAUAUUUUAAGCCGUAGAACUAGUGGAAAUGUCUGUCAAAAUAUAUUUAAAUCUGAUUUAAUUGAGUUCUGUGGAUUGAUGGACGGAAUGGAUGCAAAUCCAAUGAUCAAAAAUAUUAUUUUAAUCUUGAACGAAACUGCACCGACAUUGUUCCAUAAAUGUCCUUAUGAAGGUGAAACUGCUGUUACGAAUGCAACAAUUCAAGAUGAUAAGGCAUUAUUUUUCAUACCAACUGGAACUUACUGCUCUGAAGUUAACUUUUUUGACAAUAAAAAGAAGCAAUAUGUCAAUGUCAAAAUGAUCAAUGAUAUCAAAAAUAGUUUGGAUAUAUUGGGAAUCACGGAAAGGAAGAAUUGA